AUUGGAACCAAAACUGGAUACAGACUUUUUUCUCUGAGUUCUGUGGAACAGUUGGAUCAGGUCCAUGAAAGCAAUGAAAUCCCAGAUGUUUUCAUUGUGGAGCGCCUCUUCUCCAGCAGUCUGGUGGUGGUGGUGAGUCGGGCGAAGCCGCAACAGAUGAAUGUCUAUCAUUUCAAGAAAGGGACAGAAAUCUGCAACUACAGCUAUUCUAGCAAUAUCCUUUCCAUUCGGCUCAACCGUCAGAGACUGAUUGUUUGCUUGGAAGAAUCUAUUUAUAUUCAUAACAUUAAAGACAUGAAGCUUCUGAAAACAAUCCUGAACACCCCUCCUAACACCACAGGUUUAUGCGCACUUUCUAUCAACCAUUCCAACUCCUACGUGGCAUAUCCUGGUAGUCCUGUUGUCGGCGAGAUUGUGUUGUAUGAUGGAAACUAUUUGAGAGAUGUUUGUUCUAUUUCUGCCCAUGAAGGACCCCUCGCAGCCUUGGCUUUCAACUCUACAGGUUCAAAACUAGCAAGUGCUUCUGAAAAGGGAACCGUCUUUCGUGUUUUUUCCAUCCCUGAAGGACAAAAGCUGUAUGAAUUCAGGAGAGGAAUGAAGAGGUAUGUGAACAUCAGCUCCCUUGUGUUCAGUAUGGAUUCCCAGUUCUUGUGUGCAUCAAGCAAUACUGAGACAGUGCAUAUCUUUAAGUUGGAGCAUCUCACCGACAGUCGGCCAGAAGAACCUCCCUCCUGGAGUGGCUACAUGGGCAAGAUGUUCAUGGCUGCCACCAACUACCUCCCUUCUCAAGUAUCAGGCAUGAUGAGCCAAGACCGGGCCUUUGCUACCGUGCGCCUGAACUUUUCUGGACAAAGGAACAUCUGUGUGCUGUCCACGAUCCAAAAGUUGCCUCGGCUCUUAGUUACAACAUCUGGUGGACAUCUUUACAUCUACAACCUGGAUCCCCAAGAUGGUGGAGAAUGUGUUUUAAUUAAGAAGCACAGCUUGCUUGACUUGGUAAAGCCAGAAGAGAACAAAGAAAAUGAUCUCCUGUCUCCAGCAACUCAAACCUAUGCUGCUACCGUAGCUAGGCAGACUUCAGUGCCUUCCCCUUCUAUGAUGCCAGGUUACUCGGAAGAUGGGGGAGCCCUUCGAGGAGAGAUAAUACCUGAGCAUGAAUUUGCUACUGGGCCAGUAUGCCUGGAUGACGAAAAUGAAUUUCCACCUGUGAGCAUUAGGAAUACUUAAAACAGCAUUGUGAAAUUCGUGCUGAGAAGAAAAGCUUAAAUCUUUUCUUCCGGGCGAUCUGUCCCUUCCUCUCCUGCCUGGUAGCCAUCUCUGUGUGGGGUGUGUGACUCCCACCAUGGGCUUUUGGAGUGAGGCCUACAAACCUGUUUUCCAAGUAUAUUUCUAAUAGUGAAUCCAAAUUACACAAGGCUCUGGGCUGCCAGUUAAAGGGAGGGCUGAGUUCCAUGCCUUUCAAAGUUCAAACCAUGCGGCAGCAUCAGGUACUUCUAGGCCACAUCUGGCAUCCUUACAAAGUCCUUACAAAACUAUCCUUCCAAGAUAACGAUGUCUUCAGGGUUUAGUUCAGAUCUGAGAAUGCAUUUUGGUUGCCAAAGCGGCUCUUUGACCCACUUGUUGCUUUCCAAGAGGCUCCAAACAAGCCCAGAAAAGGAGAGAAACUUAACAAGGGGCUGCUGUUUCAAAAAUUUGAAAGGAAGGCUUGUAUUUUCCAUUUGAUUCCUCUUGCCUUAUCUUCUACAUCCCGUGGUUCUUUGAUUGAUGGAUGCAGCAUCAAGGUUGCCCUUUGCCCUACUCUUUCUCCAUAGUGGGUGGAGGAUAUUUGUAGCAAGAUCAGGGGAAAGAUGUCACCAGCAUCACUUGUGUAGUUGCAGUGGUUGGGGAUUUUACUGCCAUGCCUGGGCUACUGGAGAAGAGGCUACC